CCUUCUCUCGCACCGGCCGCCACUUUGCGCUCCACGCUCUCCUCUCCCCGCACCUCCCACUGCACCCAGCCUCUGCAUCAGCCCGUCGCCUUCUCACUCGCUGCCUCUUCUCAGCACCCGUCGCCUGCUCACCGCGUCGCUCUCACCUCACACCCACGCCCCGCCGGCGCUUCCUCUCGCGCCGUCUCCCACUCCCACCGCGCUGGCCGCCCGUCUGCAGCAGCGCAAGUGCGCUGCGCUGCGCUAGAGCGCGCCCGCCAUGCCCGCCUCCAUGGCUGCCAAGCUGGCGACGCACUUUGCGCGCUUUGCCGCCAGCGCCGCCCACGGCUCGGCGCGCCAUGCCGGCGCCGGCGCCGCGUCGGGCGUGCACCCGGGCGCCAGCAGCACCUGGGCCGGCCUUAGCGGCAGCAGCUCGUCGGGCGCCGGCAUCGGCGGCGCCAAGUACCAUGCUGGCCGAGGCGCGCAUUCGCACUUCACCAACUCUGGCCGGGCGCUCGCAAACGCGAAUGCUGCUGGCUCGCACGACGGCUCCACUGUCCUCGAUGAGGAGGAAGAGGCACACCGGCCGGGCUCGUCGCGUCGACUUGACCUCAGUCGUCGUCUGGCCAGCGGCUCGCCGCAUCAGCUGCGCCAGCAGCCGCAGCUGCAGCGGAGGCUGCGUGCGACGGCCGGCCGGCCAACCGGGGCGCUGCUCAUCGCUGGCACCGUCGACGACAUCAGUCUGAACGCGAGCCUGCAACGGCGCUCCGUGUCCGGUCUCGCUGCUGCGGGUAUCUAUACGCGCACGCGCGGUCUUGCUCUGCCCGCUGCCGUCGAGGAUGCUGCUCACGACAGCUUUGGCGGCGCUCGGCCGCGAUCACUCACCACCUCGGCCGCUUCCGACGCCCGCGCGUCUCCCGAUGCCCAAGGUGCGCAGAUGUCUGGCCUUCACAUCGGCUCGAGCGGCUGUCCGCCAGCCCCGAGGACGCCGACAGACAUUCCCGGCCCAGGAGACGCGGACGUGGAGCAGCUUCUGGCACCGCCGCGCCCGUCACCAGCACGGAAAGACGUCGAGGAGAUCCUCCAGCUCCUCACUGCGCCGCAGCGAGACCCAGCCUCUGGGCACCCGACGUCGCUGGAGCACGCAGCCGCACGCAUUGCAGCGCUGCCGCCGUCGGAGCAGACCUCAGAGCUGUACGAGAAGCUCUUCGCUGGUGUGCGCGACUUCUAUCGCGGCCGGCCUGGUGGGCGCGUCAGCGCGGCCAACAAUCUGUCGGACAUCUACCGCACAAUGAUCCAGCACGACUGCAUGCCGACACCCAAGACAUUCGAACACGUCAUCUGCAGCCUUUGCGACGCCGACGCCGAGGACCUUGCACACGGGCGAGCAUCCGGCUCUGCCCCAGCACACGCCGGCUUCCGCCUCAACCAGGCGCUCAUGCUCCUCUCCGGCGCACAUGCCUCGUCGCGCUAUCCCGAAAGAGUCGACGCGUACAUGGCAGUGCUGCGAUCGUGCGCAGCGCGAGGGCGCUACGAAGGCGCGCAGACAGCUGUCCGCCUGAUGGAUGCAAAUGCCGGACUCGAGCGGUUGACGCCCUUGACGGCAGCAUAUUGCAACCUGCUCGACGCCACAUCCGCCGUGGGCUCGUCGAGCGCUCAGCCGGUCUCUGAGAAGGACCUCGCGAACAGGCUUCGGGCGUGCAUCUCUAUCUAUCAAAGGUACGAGAAGCUCGCGCGUGCCAGGGAGCGCUGGACAGAGCCGCGUGCAAGCCGGUUGGGCGACGAGCUCAUGCUGGCCCACAUGCGCCUCGGCGACGUCCCGGGCGCCCUUCGUCUGCUCGAGGCGCGCACGCAGGAGCGCCACGACUCGCCCUGGGACGGCAAAGCCGCCUCCGCUGCGACGACCAGCGAGACGAUGGGCGUCGUCUGCAAGGGCUUCAUUGACAUUGGCGAUCUCGCGUCCGCGUCGAUCUGGCUGGAGAAGCUCACGAAGCUCAGCCAGGCGCCGGCAAGCGGCGCUGCCUUCCCGCUGCCGGAGAUGGACGUGCUCAGUCGCUACCUCACCGCCCUGACCGGCGGAGACAGCGCGGGACACGACAAGCAAGAGCCCUCGGCGCAGCACGUCACGAGCAUACUGCCUCAGCUGCGGGUCGUCAACACGGUCUUCGCAGCCGCGCUGGCGGCUCCUCCCGUCGGAUCCGCCGAGUCGAACGAGCUGAAUCGCCUCAUGGUUCUGCACCAGGUCUUGCGGGCGAACGCGCAGGCUGCCAGCCAGCUGCUUGCGAUGGGCCAGCACGACGCGGACGUCGAUGCGCUUCUCGAUGCCAGCCUGUCCCACAUCCACACGUACUACAGCGGCCAUGCAGUCCUUCUCGCGCGCACGGCUCGCAAUCUCGCCGCCUCGACCCAGGCGUGGCCUGCGGACAAGUGGGUCACAAACCGGCAACAUGGCGCCGCGACCAGUGCGCUCUACCUCGCCGCGACGGCCACCGUACUCGUCGAGCGAUCACGUCACAUGGAUGCCGCCUCGGUAUUGACGUACGCUGCCCACGCGGUGCCUCAGGUCGAGACGAAGGGCCCGGUCGUUUGGCGUCAACAACGCGACCAUGCCGUGCGGGCCGUCCGAGGCGUCGCACUCGACAUCCUCGCACCAGCUGCCGAGAGCGCCGUGCCGAGCAAGGUCUUGCUUCUUGCGGCCGUCGAGUACAUCUGGCCCGCACUGCGCGAGCACGGCGAGCUGCCGCCACAGAUCCUGUCGCGUGUCGCGAGCCUCUACCAUCAAGUGUGUGGAGAAGAGGACAUCCACGCCGUCGGCCUCACCGAAAGCGCCUGGCCGCGCCUGCUCGAUGCCCUGGUGCACGAGGAGGUCACCUCGCGUCCGGUCGACGCGCAGUGGCUGCGCCACCACGGCCUCGUCAAAUUCCUCUCGCACGCCUCGAGACUCGCCGCCGACGAGCGACCCUCCCUCACCGCGCAGGCCAUCGACGCACUGGCCCAGCGCUACGGUCAGGACGGCUCGGCGAUCGCGCAGGAGUACAGCACGGGUAGGCUCCAGGCUAGCGACCCUUCCGAGGCACCUGUGCAGGACGCGCCAGCCUCGGCUCCCGCGGUGCCGGCUGCAGAGACGUCUCACGAUGCUCAAUCCACCGCGGAGCACGACAGCAGCAUCGCAUCCUCGCCUCUCUCCUCCGCCGCCACCUCGUUGCCAUCGUCCGCGGCGCAGGAAGCCAGCGACCAUGCAGCGCCGAUGGCGAAGGCUGCUCGUAGCGACGCACCGAAGAAGACGUCAACUGGUGUGGUCGAUAAGAAGCUCGGCCUGUGGGUGUCCAGCCGGCUCAACGAUGCCGUGGGCAAGAUCGGCAGCAAGCGCAUUCCGCGCCCGGCCAUGAACAACGUCAACAAUCUCUGGCGCCUCGUCCAGACGCGUGCCGCCGAAGGCGUGCUGGCUCCUCUGGACGCGCUGCUCGAGCUGCUCAACGUCUUUGGCCGCAACCAGAUGCUGCAAGAAGUGCACUCCACGUACCAGAUUGCAUUGCGCGUGCUUCAUCUCUCCGCUCGCAAGGCAGCAAACCGGAUCGAACAGCAACAGGAGUUGGAUGACGCGAUGAUCCGUGCGCUGGCGCAUGGCGGCGACGUGCCGGCGGCCGCUGCACACCGGCACAUCCUCAUCAACGGCGGCGGCCGGCCCUCGAGCGACAGCUAUGCGGCGCUGAUCGCCAACCUGCACGACACGACGGACGACGCGCUCAUCGCGCAGGAGCUGUUUGAGGAGUCGCAGCGCCUCGGCAUCCGGCCCAACACCUUCCUCUUCAACACCGUCAUUUCCAAAUUUGCGCGUGCCCGCAAGGCGGACCUGGCUGUGCGUCUGUUCGAGGAGAUGACGUCGGAGCCGCUGCGGCUGCGCGCCACCACCAUCACCUACGGCGCUGUCAUCAAUGCCUGCACCAAGACUGGCGAUGCGCUCCGCGCAGAGCGCUACUUCGAACUGAUGGAGAACGACCCCAAGUUCGAGCCCCGUGUGCCGCCGUACAACACCAUGAUGCAGUUCUACUGCCAGGUGCAGCCUGUGCGCGAGAAGGCGCUGCACUACUACCGGAAGAUGCAGGCGGCCGGCGUGACGCCCACGGAGCACACGUACAAGCUUUUGCUCGACAUCCACGGCGGCAUCGAGCCGCGCCAGCUCGACGAGAUGGACCGCGUAUUCGAGGAGCUGGCCAACCAUGCCCACCUGCGCGUCUCCGGCACGCACUGGGCCGCGCGCAUUGCCGCUCACGGCGCCACCGACGUUGAGGCUGCGGUCGGCAUCUUCGACUCGAUUGCCUCGCAUCACUCCACGCUCGCACAGCAGGCCGACACGCGGCCGGAGUGGCGCCACAAGCAGGCGACGCAGGCACGCAGUGUGCAGCUCGGCGAGACGCAGAAGCUGCCCGACAGCGUCGCGUACGAGGCGCUGCUCGCCGUGUUUGUGGCGCACGGCCAGACGGAGCGUGCCGCAAAGCUCGUCGAGCAGAUGACCGCCGCCAAGGUCGGCCUCACCGCGUACGUGGCCAACCUGCUCAUCCGCGCCCACGCCGCCUCGGGCACUCCGGACGGACUCGCCCGCGCCCGUGCGCUCUUCAACACGAUGCGCGACCCGCCCACGGGCCUGGCCGCGCAGGGCAACCACGUGCCCGGCCACCGACAGCACGGCGCCGGCGCUCCCUCGCGCUCUUCGCCGGCCGAGGCAGCAGCCAGCGACGCCAAGCGCGUGGCGCGCAGCUUUGCAGAGGUCGACCGCGAGCCGUCGACGUGGCUCGAGCUCAUGCAGGCCGAGGCAGCCGCCGGCGAGCUCGAGGCGGCGGGGCAUGUCUUUGCACGCAUGAGCGAGCGCGGCUACCCGGCGGCGCUCGUGAUGCGUGCACAAGCACUGUUGGCCACAUACCAGCCUUCGCCGCCGCCGCAGAGCGAUCUCCACCACUCGCAGUCAACUCAGGACCAGCAGCAGCCGCUCAACGUCUAGUUCGCCUCGUUUGCACAGUCUCGGAUCUACGCGGCGUGCCUCUCCUGGGCGCCGCACCCACCAACCACCACCACUCUGACUCGUUCCGUGUUCCGUCACAUGCGCUGCCUGGGCCCUCACAUCUGUCACGUCGGCCCCCGCCAUGCCUCUUCCUCACCACAUCGCGCCGUGUGUCUCUUCUGUAUACCACCUGAGUUCCUCUCCACCACUACUGUAAUCACGAGUGCGCGCCGAGUGCGCAGCUUUCACCGG